AUGACAUCAACAAUUAAUACAAAGGCAGUACUUCUUAAUGAAUUUGGUGGACCUGAUAAGUUGUUUGUAAAGGAGAUCCCUGCACAAGUACCAAAGGCUGGUGAGGUUAGAGUCAGAGUGCAUGCAGUUGGUCUCAAUCGUGCAGAGGUACUCUUUAGGCAAGGAAUGUACUUUGACCUACCUUCAAAGUUCCCAGCAUCCCUUGGCUAUGAAGGUGCUGGUGUCGUGGAGUCAGUUGGAGCUGGUGUUACAAAGUUCAAGGUUGGUGAUAGAGUUGCUGCAAAUAUCACCAAUCUACAAUCAGCGAAUCCCACAAACUUGGAGUUGGCAGUGUUCCCCGAGACCGCACUAGUUCAUCUCAUUGAUGGCCAGAGCUUUGCUGAGGGUGCCAGCAUAUGGAUGGCAUACCUCACUGGAUACUUUGCCAUGGCUGAUGCUCACAAGCUUGGACCUGGUCAAGUAGUUGUUGUUACCGCAGCCAGUAGCUCUACCGGAUUGGCUGCCAUCCAACUUGCUCAUGCCAUGGGCGCCACUGUCAUUGCCACCAGUCGCACAAGUGCCAAGAAACAACAACUUCUUGACUUUGGAGCUGAUCACUUCAUUGCCACCAAUGAGGAGGAUGUCGGCAAGAGGAUCAAUGAGAUUACCAAGAAUGCUGGAGCCAACCUCAUCUACGAUCCAGUUGGUGGCCCACUGGCAUCCAAAUUGAUCAGUGCGUUGGCAUUCAGGGGUACCUACCUUAUUUAUGGUAUUCUUUCACCGGAGCCUACACCAUUCCCAACCAUGGAGUUGAUGACCAAGUUUGGCAACAUGAAGGCAUAUGUAGUGUUGGAUUAUGCCAAUGACAGAGAUAAACUAGCCAUAGCUACUGACUUCAUCAACAAGAAUAUUCCCAAGUUCAAGUCUAUAGUAGGCAAGGUAUUCAAGGGUAUCGAGUCAACACCAGCUGCUCAUACCUACCUAGAUAGUGCCGAUUUAUUCGGCAAGGUAGUUGUCGAGUUCCAAUAA